AUGGACCAAGGAAAAUCAAUAGAAGAUCAAUUCUCCAAGUUGCAUCCAUGCCUCCCUACAAACACAAGUAUUGGGAUCAUAGGGGCUGGUCCUAGUGGCAUAUCUGCUGCCUAUGCGCUAAUCAAGCUUGGUUAUAAUAAUGUAACCAUAUUAGAGAAGUAUCAUACAGUAGGUGGAAUGUGUGAAUCAGUUGAAAUACAAGGAAAGAUCUAUGAUUUAGGUGGCCAAGUUCUUGCUGCAAACAGCGCACCAGUCAUCUUUCACUUGGCAAAAGAGAUUGGGUCUGAACUCGAAGAAAUGGACUCCCACAAGCUUGCCCAUAUAGACAGUUCUACAGGGAAGUAUCAGGAUAUUAAAGUUGCGGAUGAUUAUGUGUCCAUGAUCUCACUAACAUUAGAACUUCAGGAUAAAGCAAAGGCUUCGAAUCGAAUUGGUGUCAAUGCUGUGAGCGACUUAGCUGCAGACUUAACCCCAACCUAUCUCGAGGGUCAUGGAUUUAAAUCUGUUCCAAAAUCUGUAGCUUAUGGAUACACUGCUUCUGGUUAUGGAUUCGUUCAAGACAUGCCUUAUGCCUACGUCCACGAGUUCACAAGAACUUCAAUGGCUGGAAAAAUACGACGUUUUAAAGGUGGAUACACAAGUUUUUGGGAGAAGAUCAGUAAGUCUCUUCCAGUGAAAGUCAUUUGUAACGCUGAAGUAUUGGCAGUGAGACGAAAUGCUCUUGGUGUCAGUAUUGAUGUUAAAAACGUUAAUGGGGAUUCUGAAGUUAUGGAGUUCGAUAAGUUGAUCGUUUCAGGAGCCUUUCCUUUCAAGAAUGGGAAAACAUAUAGAUCACCACUUUCACAUCCUGCAGAGAAUGAAACUGGAGUAAUGGAUUUGAAUGAUCUUGAAAAGGAGCUGUUCAGUAAAGUAAUGACAAUUGACUACUACACCACUGCCUUGAAAAUAAAAGGGCUAGAAGAUAUGCCUGUUGGUUUUUAUUACUUUGGCGAAUAUAUGGACGAUCCCGCAACAAUUGGACAACCUGUUGCAAUGCAGAGAUUUUUCGCUGAUGCUGACAUUUUCUUGUUCUGGUCAUAUGGCAACUCCCUUAAUAUACGAGGAGCAACUGUCUGUGAGCUUGCAAUAAAGGCAGUUGAAACCAUGGGAGGAGAAGUUGAGCAGGUGGUUCUACAACGACGAUUUAAGUAUUUCCCUCACGUUUCUAGUCAAGAUAUGAAGAAUGGAUUUUACGAGCGCAUAGAGUCUGAACUUCAAGGUAAAAGGAAUACUUACUACGUUGGUGGGCUUACGGCAUUUGAGCUUACAGAGAGGAAUUCUUCUUAUGCAAUGGCCCUAGUCUGCAAGCACUUUGCCAAUAACAAUUCUCCGCCAGUGCUUCCAUAUGUUAAGAGUUUAUUUCCAUUAAAAUCAGAUUGUGGGAAUAGAAAUCCCAAAGAAUUAGGUGAAGACCCAGGAGUGCAAUUUCCUGAUCUGUCUACACUAGAUGGCUAUUUGAAGCACUGGGGAACUCAUGAAGUUAUUCAAAGCAAAACACUUUAUACGUGGAUUAACGAGGAAGGUGCAGCGUUCGGCCAAAGGACUUAUGCAGAACUUCAUGCUAAUGCUUUCUCCAUCGCUCACAAGAUCUUGACAAGCAGAAAACCAGCCAUCAAGCCCGGUGACAGGGUUCUAUUAGUCUAUGUUCCAGGUCUGGACUUCAUUGAUGCAUUUUUUGGUUGCUUAAGAGCAAAGGUGCUACCAGUUCCAGUUCUUCCUCCAGAUCCUCUACAAAGAGGCGGACAAGCACUUUUAAAGAUUGAAAAUAUUGCCAAAUCAUGUGGCGCAGUGGCAAUUUUAUCAACUAUUGUCUAUCACUCAGCAGUUCGGGCUGGUAUGGUGAAGAAUCUACUCUCAUUGACUGGAAAGAAUGGAAAAUCAUCAGCUAACUGGCCUAAUCUUCCUUGGUUGCACACGGAUUCAUGGAUCAAGAACUUCAAGAAAGUACUUCUCAAUGACAUAGCUGAUCAACCCGAACCUCAGCCAAAUGACAUAUGCUUUUUGCAAUUUACAUCUGGGUCAACUGGUGAUGCCAAAGGGGUCAUGAUUACUCACAGCGGGCUUAUUCAUAAUGUGAAGUUGAUGCGAAAGAUAUACAAGAGCACCUCAAAGACUGUAUUAGUCAGUUGGCUUCCUCAAUACCAUGACAUGGGCCUCAUUGGGGGACUUUUUACUGCAAUGGUUAGUGGUGGCUCGGCAAUACUGUUUUCCCCAAUGACGUUCAUCAGAAACCCCCUCAUGUGGCUUCAGAUCAUGAGCCAAUACCAAGCAACUCACAGUGCUGGCCCCAAUUUUGCUUUUGAGCUAGUGGUUCGAAGACUGGAGUUUGAGGAUAAGGUUUGGAACUAUGACCUUUCUUCCCUUAUUUUCCUCAUGGUUGCUGCUGAGCCAGUAAGACAGAGAACUCUGAGAAGAUUUGUUGAGCUCACUCAUCCAUUUGGCCUUUCUCAAGAGGUGGUGGCUCCUGGCUAUGGCUUGGCUGAAAAUUGCGUCUUUGUCAGUUGUGCUUAUGGAGAAGGGAAGCCCAUCUUGGUUGAUUGGCAGGGAAGAGUUUGUUGUGGUUAUGUUGAUCCAGAUAAUCAAGAUGUUGAGAUAAGAAUAGUUGAUCCAGAGACUGGUGUAGAGCUUGAAGAAGUUGGAAAAGAAGGAGAGAUAUGGAUUAGUAGUCCAAGUGCUGGCAUUGGUUAUUGGGGUAGGGAAGAAUAUAGCCACCAAACUUUUAGAAAUGAGCUAAAAAAUCGCACUGGAAGAAAAUACACUAGAACUGGAGACUUGGGACGAAUCAUUGAUGGAAAAUUGUGCAUCACCGGAAGAAUCAAGGAUAUAAUAAUUGUAGCAGGAAGGAAUAUUUACUCAGCAGAUGUAGAAAAGACGAUUGAGAGCUCAUCUGAACUUUUACGGCCUGGUUGUUGUGCUGUCAUUGGUGUUCCAGAGGAAGUCCUAUCGGAGAAAGGAAUUUCAGUUCCAGAUGGUUCUGACAAUGUUGGCCUUGUCGUAAUUGCAGAAGUUAGAGAUGGAAAACCUGUUGAUAAGGACAUCAUUGAACAAAUUAAAACACGUGUUACAGAAGAACACGGUGUUAAUGUUGCUGCCAUCAAACUGAUCAAGCCAAAGACCAUCAGUAAAACAACAUCCGGAAAGAUCAAGAGAUUUGAAUGCCUCAAACAAUUUACUGAGGGAUCUUUGAACAUUGUCCAAGAACCAACCUUUUCAAAGAGAACUUUGGUCCGAUCAUUCACUACUGGGACUUGUAAAGAAGGAAGAACACCUCGUCAACUUUUGAGUUCUCCUUUACCAAGUCCAAGAUUGAGAAAUAAGGACAUUGUAGAAUUCCUGAAAGGCCUAAUCUCUGAGCUAACCGGGAUCCCCACCAAGAAUAUUUCUGCUACUGAAAGCCUUGCCUCGUAUGGAAUUGAUUCAAUUGGUGUUGUCAGAGCAGCUCAAAAGCUUUCAGAUUAUCUAGGCGUGCCAGUUGGAGCAGUAGAUAUCUUCACUGCAACCUGCAUUGUGGACUUGGCAAACUUCUCAGAGAAUCUCAUAGCAAAGUCUAAACCUGAACUUAUGACAACUUCAUCCCUUCUUCCUGAACCUGAUCUCGAUUCUGAUGAGUAUCUGGUGGAAGUAUCGAUAUACCGCCAAGUGGGUUUCUGGUGUCUACAAUUUCUGGCUCUAAUCGUCGUGUCUAUCAUGUUGAGUGUGCCUGCAUAUUUAUCAGUUUCUGCAUUCAUGACUUUCACCUCCGUGAGCCACACAACAACAGGCGGAAUACACUGGUCGACCUAUUUGAUAUAUUUGGCCAUUGCACCACUUGUUUGGAUCCUCUGCAUGGCUUUAACUUGCGUAUGCAUUGCUGUCUUUGGAAAUCCAUUCUUGAGACCAAACUAUGCACUCAGUCAUGACAUUUCCAUUUGGUCAAUUGAUUUUGUUAAGUGGUGGGCACUUUACAAGGUCCAACAAAUAUCUUCAAAAGUAUUUGCAGAGCAUUUGAGAGGAACGGUAUUCUUAAAUUACUGGUUUGAGAUGCUUGGAGCAAGAAUUGGGUCGUCGGUUUUGCUAGAUACUGUAGACAUUACGGACCCAUCUUUAGUUUCAAUUGGAGAUGGAGCUGUGGUUGCAGAAGGGGCACUAAUUCAAAGCCAUGAGGUGAAGAAUGGAAUACUAAGCUUCCACUCCAUUAGAAUUGGCCGAAAUUCAACAAUUGGGCCAUAUACAGUGAUCCAAAAGGGAAGUGUAUUGGGAGUAGGAGCUGAAAUAUUGCCCCUACAGAAGAGUGAAGGAGGCACACCCAUAAUCAGAUCAGCCAAGGCUAACAAUGCCCAAAAAGUAAGUACUUAG